AUGAAUCAAUACGUUACAACCUAUCGUAAGGACUUUUUUUGGCCUUUCGUUCGUACGUACCCUCUUCGAAAUGGACCAACUUAUGCGACGGUUUCACCGCCGAAUGCAGAAUCAAAAAUUGAUCCAUGCAAAUGCACAGAAGAAUCAAGUAGUAAAGCAUUGACAACAAGUGCAACGGUAGCCCGGGAACACGCUGAUUCAUACGAAUGGAGCAGACUUGGUCCUAUGGGCCCCCUUUUGGAUCCCAAAUUAUAUCCCGCAAAAGUUGGCGCUAGUCCCGAAACUCCUGGAAUGAGGAUGAACCAACCAAACACCUACUUGAAGAAGCUUCAAGAGAAAUAUCCUUAUCUAUACAACGUCUUGCAAAGCGCUCCAGCGGAUGAUAUGUUAAAAAGAAUUGACGUCGAUCGAAUGAGGUCCACAUAUCAGACUGACUUCUGUCACUUUGAAGAACAUCCUUCCGGAGACUACGAUACCCUUGUCAAGUCUGCCGGCGUUGCCGACGUUGCCCCUUGUCCUCCACCUUCACAGCUUCCAGGGGUUGAUCAGCGUCCUAGAGCAAAGCCAAUCAAGCGAAUUGAAGCACCUUGUAAAAAAAGAAUAAAGCAUACCGAUGAUGCGUCAACUUUACCCACGAUAAUUCCUCCCUGGAAAAGUGAAUAUGCCGACGGAAUCAGCAGAACUGGACACGCCAUAAUCAAAGACAAACUCCAUCACCGCGGCGUAUUUUCGAGGGGCAAAAGUUCAAGCUAAGAAUCUUAUACAACUUACUUCGUCUCUAGUCUUUAUGGUCGGAUUAUUAUUCAAAUUAUCUUCGGAAACACCCCAGAAUUUAGUUGGCAUAGUUGAUUCACCCUAUAUUCACGCUGCAUUGUCGUAAUUCCGUUCUUGGUAGAUAUGUGCGUGUAACACGUAAAGAAAUAUUUAUCCGUGAUUGAAUCGACAGCACGAAAGAAUCUGGAAGGAUUAGAAGGAUAAAAAUAAUUUGUACGGGAUAGUCAUCUCACUUUAAAUUAGUUCUCAACAGGUCGUUGUCAAAUUUUGUUAUCAGAUUCUCGUUUCCGAGAUCAAAAUGCAAAGAAUAAUGGCAGAAUUACCACCUUAUCAUCCUUAAUUUUUUUACCUGUGUU